UGAUCAUGUGACUGUGAUCAUAUAUGUUCAUGUGUGUUUAUGUGCAGUAAUAAUCAGUCAUGAGUCGCGUGUUCAUCGUGUUCUGUCUGGCGUUCAUACGCGUUCAGAGCGACGCGUUGAUUCCGCCGCAUGAGGAGGUCGCGCGCAUGGCUCGGUUCGUGAUCAAUAAGUGUGUUUGGGCUUCAAUGGCGACGAUCUCCACUCAUGACCCGGUCAAAGGUCAGCCGUUCUCCAACGUGUUCUCCAUCAGCGACGGACCCGCGGGGAACGGAACCGGGACACCGUACAUGUACCUGACGCGCAUGGAGAUAUCCGUGCAGGACUUACAGGUGAAUCCUCAGGCGUCUCUCUCCGUGUCUCUCGCUCAGACGGGUUACUGUAAACAUCACGGCUUCGAUCCUCAGAGUCCUCUGUGUGCUCACAUCAUUCUGUCUGGAUCUGUGGUGGAGGUGAACGGCUCAGAGGCGUCUGAUGCUAAAGUGUCUCUCUUCAGCAGACAUCCGGAGAUGAUCGACUGGCCCACUGAUCAUAACUGGUUCUUUGCCAAGAUGAACAUCUCUCAGGUGUGGGUUCUCGAUUACUUUGGUGGAGUGAAAACUGUGUCACCUGAGGAUUAUUACAGAGCCGCACCGUACAGAAAACCCCGCGGAAAUGACUCGCAAUAAUCUGAUGAAGAGAAAAUCAUCGUCAUCUCUGAUCCUCUGAUGAAUAAACGAAUGUUCAUUUUAUAACGUUCAGCUUGUGUUUACUGGCACUGAAGUGUGUGCGUGUGUGUGUGACUGUGUGUGCGUGUAAGUGUGUGUGCGCUCAUAAAUUCAGAACAUUGAUUAAACUGAUGUAAGCACAUUCUGUUGAUCGUGUUUUCUUAAUAAGUUUGCAGAAGAGACUCUCACAGUGCAAAUGCAAUUUUAGUAUUUUUAAUUGCUUCUCAAAAUUGCCAAAAGUGUUUAUUUUCCUGAUUUAAUCUGUUUAUAUUGAAGCUGUAGUGAGUAAUCAUUUCUAUAUUUGUAAAAGUGUGUUUGUGUGUGAAAUAAAUAUUUAUUCU